CGGGCACGACGUGGGGGUAAGUAAGUAACUACAUUACAUUACUACGAGAUAGAGAUAUGACGACAGCAAGCUUCUGUGGCAGACAUUAUAAAUUAUACAGCUGAACUCAGGUGCGGGGCAGAAUUGCCGGACACAUCGGACAUAGCUUUUAGCUGCUUUACCAUCCCCUCUUUAUACCACCAAUCUCUCAAUUCAAAAUAAAAAUUCAUUCUUCUUGUAGACUGUACGAAAGAAGAAAAAUAAAAAACAAAAAAAAAAAAAAGAAGAAAAGAAAAGAAAAGAGGAAAAAGGAAAAAGGAAAAAGACAUCGGCUGUAUCUAAUCCCAUCUCCUCACAAUGUCCGGCGUGACCAACUACCCCAACGCCUCGCGCGACGCCCUCAAAGCCCAGUAUGCUGGCCGGAUGCUGCGCGACAUCGACGGCCCAGCGGCCAUUAUAGAUGUCGCUGUUGCGCGCAGGAAUUGCCAGCUCAUGCUGGACGCUGCAGAUGCCCUCGGCGUUCUUUUCCGCUCUCAUGUUAAAACUCACAAGACCACAGAGCUCACGAAGUUCCAAGUAGGGGAGAAGAGCGAUCCCAUUCGACUGGUGGUUUCCACGCUCGCGGAAGCUGAGCAGCUGCAGCCGUACCUGGAGGAAUGCAAAGUUAACGGCAGAUCUACAGACCUCAUCUAUGGUCUGCCCGUUCAACCCUCCUGCUUCAAACGGCUAGUAGCCCUCGGCAAAUCGCUCGGGAAAUCAAGCAUAUCCGUGCUCGUGGAUGAUCCAGACAUCAUCCCUUUCCUCUCCCAAUACCGAGACCUCACCUCAGACACCCUCGGCGUCUUCAUCAAACUCGACACGGGAAACAACAGAGCCGGCAUCGCCCCAGACUCGCAGCAAUUCAAAGAUCUCCUCGCAGCCAUCCACACCGCCGAGCACGAUGGCAGCGCCGGUAUAUCCCUGCGCGGCUUCUACAGCCACCUAGGCCACAGCUACAGCUCAGACAGCACGAACGAAGCCAUGGACUACCUGGCCCAGGAGGUCGAGCGGUCCGCGGUCGCCGCCGCCCACGCAUGCACCGUGGGCAAAUAUGCUGGCCGCCGCUUCCUGCUCUCCGUCGGGGCAACGCCCACCACCACCGCUGCCCAGAACCUCACCCCGACCACCACCACCACCACCGGCGGCCCCGCGACGCCUGAUCCCACCACCAAGCGCGUCAAGGAGUUACUUGACCGCACCAAGGCCUCGUGUGACAUCGAGCUGCACGCCGGCGCCUACGUGACGCUGGACAUGCAGCAGCUCGCCGCGCACGCCCGCCCGUCCUCAUCCAACCUCUCCUUCGCAGACAUCGCCAUCACCGUCCUGGCAGAGGUGGGCAGUCUGUAUCCGCACAGAAAGCAGCCAGAGGCCCUCGCCGCGUGCGGUAGCUUAUGUCUCGGGCGGGAAGCGUGCCGCAGUUAUCCCGGUUGGGGCGUCGUGACGCCCUGGCUGGAAGACGGGGAGGGGACGCGGACGGCGGAGGCCGGGUGGUAUGAUCCCGAGGGGGAGCGGAAAGGGUGGAUCAUGGACCGCAUCAGCCAGGAACAUGGGAUUCUGGCCUGGCAUGGCCCGCGGGAUAAUGUGCGGCCGCUGAAGAUUGGAGAGAAGAUUCGCAUCUGGCCGAAUCAUUGCUGUAUUUGUAUUGCUGGGUUUAGCUACGUGCUAGUGGUGGAUUCGAGCUUGGAAGGUGCCGAGAGGGAUAGAGUGCAGGAUGUAUGGUUUAGCUGGCGUGGGUGGUAGACGGCAUGGUUAAAUGGUUAUAGGUAGAAUAUUUAACUUAGGAUUCAAAGAAUUGUACUUCGUUUUGUCCAGCACCACCAGUUUGCUGAACAAAUAUUUGCAAAUUACGGGUCACCUUGGGGAAGCAAAAACGGAGAUCACAUUUUUCUGUCAUCGUCUCUACAUGCCCUUUUGCUAUGACCCUUUGAUUGAAAUUGGUGGCCCUCCGAAAAACGACCCAUCUACCUCCCCGCGUACUAUUUAAGACCUAACUUAAGCACUUGUAUGUAGUUAAGUAAUAGCAAAAGCCACCCAGUAAACCGACAUUGGAACGGUUCACUUGGAGGGUUUUGCUCCAUAACCAGCUCCUGUUCGAGGCAGAGAAAAAAACACCUUUUAGCACGUCUCUGCCUCACGAUCUCUAUCAAUGCCGUACACCCCCAUCCUCAUCAUGUAACUAUUAGCGCAUCCUCCGCACGGUCUGCAAUGAGAA